AAUAGUGUCUCUCUUGCUGCUGCUUUGUUCCCACAUGGAGGUAUCACUCGGCCGCGGGAGUAGCAAUGCCACUGCAGCCGAUGAACUCGCGCUCACCGACUUCAAAUCCAUGCUCUUGGACCCGACCGGGUCACUGGUUUCAUGGAAUUCGUCCAAUCACUACUGCUCCUGGCAAGGAGUUACCUGCAGCCGUCGGCAUCCUGAAAAGGUGGUUGCAGUGAAUCUCGAGUCCUCUGGCCUGGCUGGACGCGUCUCUCCAUUCUUGGGCAACCUCUCCUUCCUGAGGAUUCUCAACAUAAACGACAACAAACUCCUGGGGGAGAUCCCCCCAGAGCUUGGCCGUCUGGGUAGGUUGCAAGAGCUCAACCUCAGUUUGAACUCUUUGGAAGGCGGCAUCCCGUCGGCCUUGGGAAAGUGCAGUAAGCUCAUCUCGCUUAGUCUUAAGAACAAUCACCUUCAAGGUGAGAUCCCAACACACUUUGGCUCCUUGAAAAAUCUCGUCUAUUUGAAUCUUUAUGCCAACAACUUGUCUGGAGAGGUCCCACCAUUUUUAGGUAACAUGUCAUCAAUCCAACACUUGGAUUUGGGGGAAAACACAUUGAGAGGACCAAUUCCUAAAACUCUUGGUGGCCUAACCGGUCUGCGUUAUCUUAGCCUUGAAUCAAACAAUCUAUCUGGAGCAAUUCCUCCUGAAAUUUGGAAUGUUUCUUCCCUUAUGCUCCUUUCUUUUGUUAAUAACGCGCUGAGUGGGAUAAUACCACCAAAUGCACUGAGCAAUCUUCCUUCUCUCCAGACUCUGUUCUUGAACCAAAACCAGUUUCAUGGAAGUAUCCCAACUUCAUUGGGUAACGCUUCUAAGCUGCAAUACUUUGAGGUUGCAAUGAACAACUUUAGUGGCUUAGUUCCUUCGGAGAUUAGAUCUUUACAAAGUAUCCAGUGGAUAGUCCUUGCCUAUAAUUCGCUUGAAGCCGAACAAACUGAUGAUUGGAGCUUCAUGUCUGCGUUAACAAACUGCUCCCAAUUGAUAUGUUUGGAACUAGAUUACAACAGAUUCAGUGGUGUGCUUCCCUCUUCUGUUUCAAAUUUAAGCACUUCACUUCAGUAUUUCUCUGUAUCACAUAAUGAAAUAUCAGGAGUUAUACCUGAAGGAAUUGGCAAUUUUGUCGGCCUGCUAACUUUGGGUCUAGAGAACAAUUAUCUAACAGGAACUCUCCCCCAUUCGUUGAGUAAGCUUAGGAGCCUGUCAGAGUUGUCACUGUCUAACAACAGAUUAACUGGGCAUAUCAACCAAGCAAUAGGUAAUUUUACCCAACUAAAUUACCUGUAUCUUCAUAUCAAUUCCUUUAUUGGUAGCAUACCAAGAAGUUUAGGAAAUUUGUCAUCUUUGUUAGAAAUAGUCCUUUCCAGCAAUAACUUCAAUGGUACGAUCCCAAGUAGUAUAUUCAGCAUUUCUACACUCUUUGGAUUGGAUCUUUCGCAUAACCAGUUGGAAGGGACAAUACCACAUGAAGUUGGAAAUCUUCAAAGCAUCACAAUACUCUGGGCUCAAUCAAAUAGAUUAUCAGGUGAAAUCCCUGAUACUCUUGGUGAAUGUCAACUUCUCCAGAAGCUCCAACUCCAAAACAACUUCUUUCAUGGUAGUAUCCCAUUUCGGUUUAGUGGUCUUAAGGGUUUGGUAACUCUUGACCUCUCAAGCAACAAUCUGUCAGGUCAGAUACCUAUUUUCUUUGAGAAUCUUACCACUCUUCACUAUCUAAAUCUCUCGUUCAACAACCUUGCCGGGGAAGUGCCAACCGCUGGAAUUUUUGCAAAUGCAACUGCAGUUUCAGUGCAAGGCAAUGACAAGCUAUGUGGGGGCAUCGAAAACAUGCAUUUGCCUCAUUGUUCUAUGAUAUCAUCAGAGAAGAAGCACAAAUUUCCAGUAGUGACGGUGAUCCUUUCCCUCGGGGGAGCAUUAGUCAUAAUUUUGUUGUUGGCAUAUUUCUUGUUUUCUUGGUGCAAGAAAAGGUUAGCAAAUUGUCCUUCAGCAUCGUCCUUGCAAGACAGCCCAUUGUCUGCUUACUCACAAUUGCUAAAAGCAACUGAUGGUUUCUCAACAAAUAAUUUGCUGGGUACUGGAACUUUUGGGUCUGUAUACAGAGGAGAAAUUGAAGGUGCAACUGGUGAAAAUUUUGUUGCUGUGAAAGUACUAAAUCUUCAGAUACAUGGGGCACUUAAAAGUUUUACAGCGGAAUGUGAAGCUAUGAGAAACCUGCGCCAUCGGAAUCUUGUCAAGGUAAUUACAGCUUGCUCAAGCAUUGAUUUCAGAGGAAAUGACUUCAAAGCAAUUGUGCUUGAGUUCAUGCCCAAUGGUAGCUUAGAACAUUGGCUACAUUCUAAGUCAAAUGAGGAAGGGGUGGAGAGACACUUAAAUCUCGAUCAAAGAGUGAGUAUACUCCUUGAUGUGGCUCAUGCAUUGGACCAUCUUCACUUUCACAGUGCCCUCCCAGUUGUUCAUUGUGAUAUCAAGCCAAGUAAUGUGCUUCUUGAUGCUGAUAUGGUAGCACAUGUUGGAGAUUUCGGGCUUGCUAGAAUUCUUGCUGAGGGAUGCUCAUCUUUCUGGCCCUCAACCAGCUCGAUGGGAUUCAGAGGAACAAUUGGUUAUGCUCCUCCAGAAUAUGGUGCGGGGAAUACAGUUUCAACCUAUGGAGAUAUUUUUAGCUAUGGCAUUCUUGUUCUUGAGAUGGUGACCGGAAGAAGACCCACUGACAGUACAUUUGAACAAGGAUUAAGCCUUCGCAUGUAUGCAGAGACGGCUGUAAACACCAGAGUUAUGGAUGUUGCAGACGCCAAGUUGGCGAUGGAGUUAAAAAAUGAGCCUGCAAAAUCAGGUGUUCCUUCCAAUAGAAAAAUGGUGGAUGCCGUGACUUCGCUACUUCAGCUUGGGAUAUCUUGCUCUGAAGAAAUACCAUCACGUAGAAUGGCAAUCAAAGAUAUCAUCAAGGAGCUGUACAGAACCAAAAUGACGCUACUGCAAGGAGAAUAGGAACGUGCCUAGCUAGCACUUUUAGAUUCUGAUCGAAUUUGUGCAUUAGUUGUGAUACAAAUGUUGGGAUUUUAAUAAUCUUUGUCGGAUGUGUGGGUUCAAUAAAAUUGAAAAAGUCUCCUUAUCUUAUAGACUCAAAAAUAAAAGGUCAUUGUUCUUAAGUCUGAAGGCAAAUAUAGAAGUUCUAGAUACUGUAAGAAAGAUGAGAAGGAAUUUUUACCAUGCCUUUGGGAAUUAUUAUAGUA